CACCUCCAACUCAUCCAACAGAAGACAAAGCGGCUCUCUGUUCACUUCCCACAGAGUCCAUCUCGCACUUAAGCUUCAGAAAUGGCAGAUUGGAAUCAAGAGACGUGGGGGGACGUCAACAGGAGCCCCGGUCUUCCCAUCGAGAGCGACGUCUCGAAGCUGAACAAGAACACCGCCGCCACGAUUGGGAUAGCGAAGCUGGAGGAGCAGCUGAGCCGGGCGGCCGCCGUGCGCCAGACCACCCUCCACAAUCUGAAGACUCAUAGUAACUGUAUAUAUGCACUUCCGCAUCUUCGUACUAGUCUCUAAUAUUUGAUUUUAUUGAUUUUUUGUGUUUUUGAGGCUGAUUUGAUCUUAUCCAUUUCGUGAUGUAGGAUGUUGUCAAAAAAGUGAUUUGGUACAUAAAGUGUGGUUUUAUAUGAAUAAUCGGGCUCACCAGUCAUAGACAAAGUAAAAAACAUAUUCUUUCAAGCACUGCAAUCUAAAUGAAAAAGGACCGUUAACCAAACACUCCUAAGUGAGUUUUAUAAUCAGUCAUCCUAGACUUGCUGAGCUUGCCUGUAGUCAAUCUUGUCGAGAAAGGAUUGUUCAGUUGUUAACUGAAAUUGCGAUAAAGGUUCGCGAGUUCA